AUGGCUGUCAUGGAACCAGCAAAAAUAGCUCCAACAACUAAAGCAGCUCAGUUCGAGAAGAUAAAAAGAGGAGCUGUGCUGGGCGAUUUGGUCCUAGAAGUACACAAUGCCAGAGAAAAAUGCAUAGUAGAUGACAGUGUAAGGUGCAGGGAAUCCCUUAACAAUUUUCCAAUUGAAGGAGAUCUUAAGGAUGGAAGGGUCAAAUCGAGGAGAAGGGAAGGGAUGAUGGUCCAGAAAGUGAGUGAGCUAGUUAGGGACGGGAGAUGGGAUAGGGAGCUGAUCAAGCAAGUCUUUGAGAAGGAGGAAGGGAGGAACAUACUGAGAAUCCCGCUUGGGGUACAACCUCUAAAGGAUAGAAUAUAUUGGAAUUUCUCUCCUACAGGUAUGUACACAGUUAAGUCAGGGUAUAGAUUGGCUAAGAAAAGGAGAAGGAGGGGGUGGCAGGGCAAGGCAGAUGCUGGAUCUAGUUGUUCGAGGGUGGGAACUAACCUGAGCUGGACUUUUCUGUGGGGCUUGAAUAUGAAGCAUAAGUUGAAGCAUUUCAUUUGGAAAUGCUUGCAUGGGGUGCUGCCAGUGAAUGCUGUGGUCAGAGAGAGGUGCUCGAAAGGUGAUCCUAUGUGUAUAAGCUGCGGGGAGAGCACGGAAACUAUUGAACAUUGCUUGUUUCUAUGUCAUCACGCCAAGGCUGUAUGGAAGAUUGCGCCUCUGAGUUGGGAUGGUUUAGAGAUGUUUUCAAACAGUUUCUGGCAUUGGUGGGAGGAAUUAAAGGGGGCGGCAAAGGAGGAAAAUGGGAGGGAGCGUAUUAUCUUGUCUGUCAAUUUGCUGUGGCAAAUCUGGAAGUCUAGGAAUGCUAGGCAGUUUGAUGAGAAUCAUGGAGACCCAAGGAUGGUAGUAGAGAAAGCACUAAGGGAGUGGAGGGAGUAUCAGGAAACUCAGGAAGAAGUGAGAGGAACUGGUGAAAGUCAGGCGAGGAAAGAUGAAGCAGUGUUAGGUUGGAGGAGGCCAAGGGCUGGUUAG